AUGGACGAGCUCAAGCGAGUGGACACGUAUUCGCUCAUUUUGGGAUCGGUCCUGUUGGCAUGUGUGCUCGUUGCAGGUGAAACCAGUCGUCUUGAGAUUGUCGAUAGUCGGAGAGCAAAGUCUGGAUCCAUCGUCCUCCUCGUUGGUCCCUCUGACGGUGGCAAAACGGCAAUCUUUUCUUCUCUCGUCUACAACCACGCACCUCCAACGCACACUUCACUCCAACAAAACGUCGCUUUCUUCCGCUCUCCCUCGCCGUUUCACAGGAAACCCUUGCAGGUUGUCGAUAUUCCUGGACACCCGCGUAUCCGGGGUCAGUUUACCGAUUUCUUCCAAGAAAAUGGCAAGUCGAAGAACAUUGGAGGCGUCAAGGCUGUCAUUUUCGUCUGUGAUGCCGCAGCCUUGACGCGCAACGCCAGCACAGUGGCCGAGCACCUGCAUCUUGUCAUGCAUGCCAUCUCGAACCUCCCACCCUCAGCGACGCCACCACCUCUUCUCGUCUUUGCCAACAAAGCCGACGUGCUGACGUCGGCAUCAAAAUCGAAAACUCCCAACACUGCGCUUGCCGUCACACGCACGACGACCAUUCUUGAGCGGGAGCUUGAGAAACGACGACUCAACUCGAUCAAAUCCAACACUGCCGUACUCGGCGAACUGGGAGAUGAGGGUGGAGAGGACGAUACUGUUGGUGGACUGGACGUGACUGAGGGGGACGCGUUUACGUUUGACAAGUGGGAUGGUGGUGUGGUGACGAUUCGCAGUGGAUGGGUCGACAUCCAGAGACCUCGAAAGGCACAUGGUGGACAUGAUACCGCCAGCGAAGACGACGAGCCCAAGGAAAAGGAUACCGUGGUGGAUCCUACUGUCCCCAAAAAGGAUGGACUUGCCGAGCUCGUCGAUUGGAUAGCGACUCUCCGAUAG